AUGCCUACGCUGUCACUGAUCAAUUUCAACAUCGUCUGUGCGACUUUGGGAGGGUUCAUCUCGAUCUUUGGAUUGGUGUCGUAUCUCUUCAAGGAGAGAUUCUACCUGUCAGAAGCCUUGAUCUCUCUAUUGGCGGGUAUCGUCUUCUCCCCUCAUGCAGCCAAUUUCAUAAGACCCCAUGAGUAUGCUCUGGGCUCGGAGCAGAACCUAGAAGAAAUCACUCUGUAUUUCACGAGACUCGUCCUCGGAGUCCAGUUGGUCCUGGCUGGCGUCCAGCUCCCCAAGCGUUACCUGCAGAUAGAAUGGAAGACUCUAUCGCUUCUCCUCGGCCCAGGAAUGGCUGCUAUGUGGAUGUGUAGCAGUCUGGUGAUCUGGGCUAUGAUUCCCAAUUUCCAGUUUCUCCAUGCGCUGAUUGUCGCCGCCUGUAUCACUCCUACUGAUCCAGUGCUCUCCAAUUCUAUCGUGAAGGGAAAGUUUGCGGACAAGAACGUACCCCGUCCGCUGCAGAGGAUGAUUGUCGCCGAGUCGGGAGCCAACGAUGGCCUGGGCUAUCCGUUCCUCUUCUUUGGGCUGUAUCUUCUCAAAUAUACCGGUAUGGGAGGCGAGGGCGUUAGUGGAGGCGCAGGUAAGGCUAUGGGACUGUGGUUCUAUGAGACCUGGAUCUACACCGUGAUCCUGAGUGUCGUCUACGGGAUUACGGUCGGCUGGGUGUCCCGGGAGAUGCUUCACUGGGCUGAGGAGAAGCGCUAUGUCGACCGCGAGAGCUUUCUCGUUUUUGCUAUUGCUCUGGCCCUUUUUAUCCUGGGCACUUGUGGCAUGAUUGGAACGGACGACCUUCUGGCUUGUUUUGUAGCUGGCAAUGUCUUCACACAGGACGAUUGGUUUCGUCUGGAGACGAUGGACGACUCUCUUCAACCGACCAUUGAUAUGCUGCUUAACUUGGCCGUGUUCAUGUGGUUCGGUGCUGUCUGCCCCUGGUCUUCCUUCCUACACAACGACAUUAUUCCCAUCUAUCGUCUGAUAUUCAUGGGAAUCUUGAUUCUACUUGUCCGCCGGAUUCCCAUCAUCUUUGCGAUGCACAAGUACAUUCACCAGAUUGAGCGGCUCUUUCAGGCAGCCUUCGUAGGCUUUUUCGGCCCCAUCGGUGUCGGAGCCAUCUUCUACCUGUCUGUUUCUCGCGAAUUCCUGCGCACAAUCACGGUCGAUGGCAAGGUCCGCGACGAUGCACAGAGGGUUUCGGAAGCCAUCAACGUCGUGGUCUGUACCAAUUCACAUCUAAUUGUCUUACCGGUUGUCCACGGCCUCUCCAUCCCGCUGGUCAAAGCAGGAUACCAUCUUCCUCGGACCAUCUCCAGCGUCCUCAGCACGACCAGCCCAGAUCCGGAUCCCGUGCCCAUUGCCAACAUUCCCCACACCCACAGCACUGCGACUCGGGACGCGGACCCGGCCAGCAAAGGCCGUAAACGCGGCCCUGGGCGCGAAGCUCCCGAACCCACCGUCUUUCAAAUCGGUCGUCCGGUGAUUAGAUCGGCUUCGUCCGUGGACCACCCCCAGAUUGGCACGGGCAAUGCGGAAGAACCCGCCCGCCCGGUCAACCUGGUCAUUCAUGAUGGUGAAACGGAUGGCAUCUCACUUGCUGGUGCUCCGUCUCUUGGUAGACAUUGA